CCUGGUGUUUUUAUGACUUAAAGAGGCUACAAAUAUUCAACAUCUGCUCAUUUUUAUUUUAUUGUAUUGCUUAUUCCAGAAGUGGGAUGUGUUUGCAGCUUUGUUGCGCUCCGUAAGGCUGAACUGAGCAACCCAGCAGAAAUAAUGGGCGAAGUUCAGGACGAGAGGGAUGCGAGGAAGACCUUCGUUGCUCCAGCAAUAAAGUCUUUUGAGCAUUAUGACUUUUCCCGAGCCAAAAUAUGUUGCAGCAUCAGGUGGCUUGUAGCCAAAGCAUACGGGACAGACAGCAUCCCUGAUGACUUAAAGGACCCUUUUUACACUGACCAGUAUGAGCAAGAACACCUGAAGCCCCCCGUGGCCAGCCUCCUGCUGUCAGCUGACCUGUACUGCCGGGCCGGCAGCCUCAUUCUGAAGAGAGAUGCUGCCAAGCCACUGCUGGGUCACAAUGCCGUCAUCCAAGCUCUGGCCCAGCGUGGACUCUACGUCACUGACCAGGAGAGAUUGGUUAUGGAGAGAGACCUGCGAAAGAGACCUCUGCAAAUGAGUGCCCACCUGGCAAUGAUUGACACCCUGAUGAUGGCAUACACAGUGGAGACUGUAAGUGCAGAGAAAGUAAUGAGCUGCAUUUAUCAGUAUUCUUUCUGCAACCCUCAAAUCGAAACACCGUAUGACACGGAGGAUGCAGUGACCACUUGGAUUAACAAGAUAAAUGAAUAUUUGAAAGACGUCAUGGCUCAGGAGCAGAAGAAGAAGGAGACGCAGAGUGCUGAGCAGACUGGGGGUCCUCGGUCUCCAACCAAGUGGUAUAUGAAGCUUGUACCUGCUCGAUAUCGUAAAGAGCAGGCCUCCACCCAGCCGACCCCCUGGAUUCCCCCAGUGGACAACCUGCUGAAAGACUGCGCAGACGGCUCGGCGCUGGGUGCAUUGCUGCACUUCUACUGCCCUCAGGUUCUACCGCUGGAUGACAUCUGUCUGAAGGAGAACAUGAGCCUGGCUGACCGACUCUACAACCUGCAGCUCAUACAGGACUUCUGUAAAGACAACCUGAACAGCUGCUGCCACUUCAGCCUGGAGGAUAUGCUCUACACCUCCUCCACCAUCAAGAGUAACUACCUAGUGUUCAUGGCAGAGCUGUUUUGGUGGUUGGAGGUGGUUAAGCCGUCUUUUGUAAAGCCAAGAAUGUUGGACAAUGAAGGCACAGAAUCAGUAUUAAAGGAUGUGUCAGUCAUCCCUAUCUCCAAGGCAACUAAGAGAAGUUUCAUGGAAAGACCUCCAAGUCCUGAAAGACCCAGUUUACCCCUUCGACCACAACCUCGAAACUCAGGAGAAAUCAAGAGGUCAACCUCAAUGUCUUUUGUUGAUGGCAACCUUGGGACAUGGCCCAAAGAGAAAAGAUCUGGGCCUUAUGGAGUGUCAUUUGACAUCCCCUUUGACAAAGAGGACUCUGUUCCGCCCCUGUUUUCCUCCACUCGUGGCAUGGUCAGAUCCGUAAGCACUGACGAUGGUUCUGGUUUCAAGGUCCACCACAUGCCUCGUGGAAUGAAACGUAACCUGUCCUUCCAGCCAGUGAAUGGUCAGGGUGUUGGCAUUGAGGAGGAAGGCUGCCCAGAUAUCCUUGCAGGUAUGGAGACUAACAAGCAACCAUACCCCAACGGACAUGGAAAUGUCAUAGGUUCAGCUUCUUCCAUGGACAAAGCACUCCACAUUAUUCACAGCCCAAAUAGACCACCUGUAGAGGGCGUCAACAAUGGUUUCUUCUUGCACUGUCAAAACCAAGAAGCUGGUGUUGGCAGAUUGGACCCAGUGUCAGAGCUGGACUCUAAAGAACUUUUGAGCACUACAGACACCACAGAGGUUGACACUGGUGUCCACAUCCGAACAGAGGACAUGCUGGAUGAAGACUCCUCUCUUAAAGACUGCUCUGUGAACAUGGAACUGGAUGUGGACACGCCAAGUCCCAGUGCUAACAGUCUGAGCAAAUCCCCAUGUGGAGUGAAAAUGACCAGCUUUGCUGAACAGAAGACGAGGAAGCUCAGUCCAUCAGCAGCCGAUUCAGGCAGAGGCAGCAGUAGCUCCAUGAAGACAACUCCAGAAGGGUCUGAGUUCUGCCUUCCAUUAUCUGUCUCCUGGGCACCAACCCCCGAGCACAGCCCCAUUCAUCAACAAAAUACACCACCCGCAAAUGUUCAGGCAUCCCCCAAAUCUGUGCAGCUUCCACCCAAUGACCCUGCUCAGGUCAUGGCUACAGAAAUGGUGCAGCUGAAGCUGAGGCUUGAGGAGAAAAGGAAAGCCAUUGAAGCACAGAAGAAGAAAGUGGAAGCUGCUUUUACAAGGCAUCGACAAAAGAUGGGCCACUCAGCUUUCCUGAAUGUGGUAAAGAGAAAAGCUGAUGGGGCUGCUAGUGGGGAGGAUGUUGAGAAGACUGAUGGAGAAGGAAAGUCAGAAAGCACAACAGUUAAAUUUGGUAGAAGCAAGGCAGACACACCUGAUGGAGCUGAGCAAAGCAGUACAACCACUUGUUGGAAAAAGCUACCGGGUGCUGGUGAGGAAGGUGGGCAAAGUCAUGCUCAGCUGACAGAACUGGAUCUCACAGAAUAUACCCGCUCUAUUGAAAAGCUCAACCAUUCUUUAGCUUUCCUUCAAGCAGAGAUGCAGCGAUUAUCUCAACAGCAGGAAGUGAUCAUGGCCAUGAGGGAACAACAGCAUCAGCAGGCGUGGGUCAUCCCCUCUCCCCAUACAAACCCCUCGCCACAAAAACACACUCGAGCUGUCACUCGAUCUUCAGGUCCCUCUUCUCCUGCAGACUCACCUUGUUCCACCCGUCGCUCUCCAACCAGCAUCAAACGCAAAUCUGCCUCUUUCCACUCACGGAAUCCUCGCACCGCUCGUCCCACUGAGCUCAAGUUGGCCCCAUACAGUCGAGUCUUAAAAGCUCCACAGUCUGUUGACAGCAUCCCAAGACUACGGCGAUUUUCUCCUUGUCAACCUUUGGUAAGCGCUUUUAUCUACAUGGGGGAGAAGCCAGCAGCUGCCAGUACUGAGGGAGUAGCUCCAGAUGGGGAUAAUAACAAAGAGACCGAGUCACUCGUGUCCCCAGAGAGAGACCUGGUGGGUACAUCUGCAGCCAUAUCACCCCCUAGUUCCCCCCAUUGGCAGCUCAAAGAAGAAAGAACUGAAGUGGAUGCAAAUGUCCAAGAAACAGAGGAUCUCGGUCUUUUAAAGACUUGGGGCAUAGAAACAGUUGAACAGAACAACAGAGUUCAGAAGCCAUUUAUAGAACUAAAACCUACAAUAGAGGCGUCGUUCCCGGAGGUUCUGUCUCACCCUGUAGUAGAGACCUUCACACUGACACCCACCAAGAUACUUUCCAAACUAGAACCCUCUGUCCAAGCCAAGAGCAGUCUGAUUGAGGUUCCUUUGUCAGUUGUAAAGCCACUAGAAGAUCUGACGAUCGAUGAUGGUUUGGAGGUGGAGCAGGGCAAUACGGAGAACUUUGAUGAAGAACAAAGGAUCUGUCAUGGUUUCUUCUUCAAGGAGGAUGGAAAGGCAGAGGAGAACAUGGCACAGAAGAGGGCUGCUCUGCUGGAGAAAAGGAUGAGAAGAGAAAAAGAGAGCCAGCUGAGGAAGGUGCAGCAGGAAGUUGAGCUGGAGCAAAAGAAAGAGGAAGCUCGAUUGAAGGCAGAUGAGGAGCGUGUCAGGAAGGAGGAGGACAAGGCCAGGAAGGAGUUCAUCAAGCAAGAGUACCUCAGGAGAAAGCAGCUGAAGCUGAUGGAGGACAUGGACACAAUCAUCAAGCCGAGAGCAGCCGGGGGAGCCAAGCAGAGGCGGACCCGACCCAAGUCUAUCCAUCGUGACAGCAUAGACUCCCCAAAGACCCCUGUCAGAGCCACCACAGGUCAAGGUUCACGGCAACGUGUCUUUUCAGUCUCCAGCUUGUCCCUUGCUUCCCUCAACCUGGGCGACAGCGACAGCGUUCACACCGAGAAGAGGGCACCAAGGCCAGAUUCUGCAGAUGGCUUCCUGUCGCCGAGUCGCUGCAGCAGCAGGAAUGGAGAAAAAGACUGGGAAAACGCAUCCACCACCUCGUCUGUUACAUCCAACACAGAGUAUACUGGACCAAGGCUGUACAAGGAGCCCAGUGCCAAAUCUAACAAACAUAUUAUCCAGAAUGCUCUGGCCCAUUGUUGCCUCGCAGGCAAGGUCAAUGAGGGACAAAAGAACAAGAUCCUGGAGGAAAUGGAAAAAUCAGAGGCCAACAACUUCUUGGUUUUGUUCCGGGAUUCUGGUUGCCAGUUUCGAUCUCUCUACACCUACUACCCCGAGACAGAGCAGAUCAGCAGGCUGACAGGCAUCGGCCCCAAGAGCGUCACACGCAAGAUGAUAGACGGACUCUACAAGUACAACUCGGACAAGAAGCAGUUCAGUCAGAUCCCUGCUAAAACCAUGUCGGCCAGCGUCGAUGCCGUGACGAUCCACAACCACCUCUGGCAAACCAAGAAGCCAGCCACCCCUAAAAAAGUAGUGCCUGUGCAGUCCUAAUGGAACUCAGUACCCCAUAAUAUGAAAAUAUUCAUCUCAGUUUGCACUCCACUGUACAUACUCAUAAAGAUUCAA